AUGUAUGGUCUAUGCAGUCGUACUCCAUUAACCAUGGCUGAACAACUGGUAAACAGCCUAAUUUCGACUCAUCUGAGCAAGUUGCCAAAAUUUGGAGGAAAGGUCAAUGAAAAUGUGAUCGAAUGGAUAACAUACAUGGCAGACGAAUUCAAAUUAGCGAUACUUGAUGAUUCAAGGAAAUUAUCGAUGAUUCAUACAUAUCUUUAUGACGAUGCUAGCGAUUGGUUUAUCAACAAUAUGACACGGAUAAGCAACUGGUCGACAUUUGUAUGCGAGCUACAAAAAGUAUUUUCCUUUUCUCAACAAGCAACUAUUGACGAAAUUGACACACCUGUACAGUGUUCUGACAAAGCGAUCCUUCAUUCUUCUAGUCAUGCAAUAGCAUUUGACGCUAAGAUGGAUUCAAAUAUCAAAGAUCAGUCGAAGGUAGUAAAUGUGAAAAUCGAUUUCCAGCUGUCGCGACAAAAUUCAUCAAAAUCAGUUGAGUUUUUGGAACAGGACGGAGCACAAGGCGAUACCGACACCAAGGAGGAGCAAGACUAUGAAUUAUUGAUAGACAAGAAAGAAAAUCCAGAUUAUUCCACCACUACAUCAGUUGAAUUGGAUAAUAUCGUCCUGCUCAAUAUGGGCAUUAUGGACAGUGGCGAAAAUAACUUCGAGAGUGGUUGGCCUGAUGGAGACGAACCAUGGUUCAUUCAUGAUAGACUACAACAACGACUUCACUUUAUUCCAUGCAAGCACGAAGCAGAAAAAGACGCAGAGACACUCGAUGAUUUCCUCACCACCUCAUUACAUGCGAAAGCCUUGAACGUGGCAGUCGAUGACAAUGAAGGACUACCGACUACAAGCGUGUUACAAACUUAUGAAAAUAUUGACAAUAUCAUUUAUUUACUAUUUUCGGCUGUCGGAAAACAUCAAUUAAUCGACAAAAUCGAUAUGACAACUACCCAGGACAUUUUUAGUAUGUGUCAGGAUAACGAUUCAACCAAUGCAUCUACAUGCUUACGGUAUAUGAUGAAUGGUCAUUCGCUCUGGUGCAAUUGGUUGCCGUAUAAAACAAAUGACUGGGAAUGGUUUCGAACUUUUGCAGUACCCUAA